GCACGACAGAACUUCCGUAAAGUCCCACGGAUGUGAACUCUGGACGGCAGUGUGCGCACAUCCAUGUACCUAUUUCAACUCGUACCACCACCAUCGAUAACGAUCAACCUUUAUUCACGAUGAGUACAAUUGAACCAGUUUUCCGCAUCAUUCCCACUGUCCAGAACUACGAUUGGGGGAAGAAGGGGAAGGACUCUAAGGUUGCAGAGUUUGCUUCUGGGGCCGGAAUACUUGGAUUUACUUUGAACCAAUCAGUUCCUUACGCAGAACUUUGGAUGGGCACGCAUGUGAAGUCGCCGUCAGGAGUGGUCGAUAGGAAGCAGAACCUUGCCCAGAUCUUGACUGAGAUCCCAGGCUUGAUCGGGGAUCAGGUAUCUCGGCGGUUCGACACGACAAACGGAAACCUCCCCUUCUUGUUCAAGGUCUUGGCCAUUGGCAAGGCCCUGAGCAUACAAACCCAUCCUGACAAGAAGACAGCAGAGAAACUACAUGCUGAGCAACCAACAGUUUACACUGAUCCGAACCAUAAACCCGAGAUGGCCUUGGCGUUGACGGAUUUCAAGGCGCUAUGCGGUUUCAUGCCUAUCGCGAGGGUCGCUGAAUACGUCAGAACUGUUCCCGAAUUCAAUGCACUAAUCGAUCCGUCCAUCGCGACAGAAUUCCUGAACUGCACAAAUUUGUCAGAGCCGGAGCAGAAGGCAGUUCUUAAGAAGCUCUUUGCAGCACUCAUGACUGCUGACAUUACCAACAUUGCAAUACAACUUCGGACGCUCGUCGCUCGUUACCAACAGGGAGGUCAGAAACCUUUAGAAGAGGAUGUCAAGGAUCUCGUCCUGAUAUUGAAUGAACAAUAUCCCGGGGACGUUGGGGUAUUCUGCGCAUUUAUGCUGAACUACGUCCAAAUGACUCCUGGGCAGGCUAUUUUCCUGGGAGCUGGAGAGCCCCACGCGUACGUGCAAGGCGAUAUUAUGGAGUGCAUGGCCAAUUCGGACAAUGUCAUUCGUGCAGGUCUUACCCCUAAGGCCAAAGAUAUCCCCAAUCUUGUUUCGGUUUUGACCUAUACGGCAUCAGAUUGGCAAAAGCACAUGGUCAACCCUAUCGACAUCACACUACGCACUCGCAAAUAUGAUCCCCCAAUCCCAGAUUUCACGGUUCUCCAGGUCAACACCCAAAAGGGUGAGACUGAAACUCAUGAGGCUAUUUCAGGUCCUUCAAUCGCAAUCGCCACCGAAGGUUUCGGCCAGGUAAGCUGGAGUGGCGGCAAGUUAGAUUUACAGGCUGGAAGCGUCAUAUUUGUUGGAGCUGAUACGAAGAUAGACAUUACUGCCGGGAACUCCAAUUUGGUUGUAUUUCGCGCGUAUGUCACUGCCUAGCUCGAGUCAGUAGCAUCAUUAGCAGCACGGAAGAUUGAUACUUGAGCGUCCACAACAGCUCCAUCUCGGACAUAGUCACAUAGAUAACAAUCGUGAUCAUUGCCACCGAUUCUAUAUAGAUGCUUUGAUCUGUUACGCUGUCCAUGCUGGAGCGGAGCCCAGUCAUCAGAGUGCCACUAUACCGAAUAUCAAAAUCCGUCUCGAAAUAUUUAUUACCGUUGUCGAGUA